AUGUGUUCAAAGAGAGAGCCGUGGAGGUAUUGCCUCUCUCUAGGAGCGGCGGCGUGGACGCAUUCCUUCAUUCUCGCUGUCGCCGGAGCAUGGAACCUCUUGCUGUUCUUGAAUGUCUUCCCGUGGAAAAGAAGCUUAACUGAGGCUGCAGUAGAAGCCUAUGCAAAACGUAGCACAGCAGUUGCAUCGGCUUUGCGUGUUGGCUUUCUUUCCCUCGCCAUUAUCUUCUUGAUGGUCAGUGUUCUUACGGACAUUGCUCUCUGCUUAAAAUCACGGAGAGUGGCCUACGUUUUGGCUUGGAUUAAUAUUUGCAGCUCCUUUGUUGGCUUGAUUCUUCUACUUUACUUGUGGACGGCCUUUGGUAUCAUGCUUCUUUCAGUAAACGCCACUGUGGGCGAAUUGGUGGUAUGGGGUAAUGUGGACUUGCUCUAUGUCAUUCUAACGGCUGUGCCAAUGACGAAGAUUUAUGCAUCAUUAGGGAAUGUUUACGCCGCUGGAGGAACCGGGUUUGAGGGGAAGUCUUUUGAGGAGCUUGUUUCGCCGCAGAAAAAGACUGAAAUUUUGUCUGAAAGGAGCCUGAAAAUGAGUCGCAUUGGUAACUGGAGAGUCGGCCUUUCUCUGGAACAUGGAGCUGUACUCUGGAGUCUGUUUUGCUUGGCAAUUACAAUUCUAGACUUAAGCAUAUUUUGGGUUAAAAUUUCAGAUGACCCAAUGGUAAAAAUGAACCAAAUGGGCAUCAUCUUUCUUGUAGAGGGCAUCACAGCAUUUUUUGCAGCCAUCAGUGCCUUGGCCGGCAGUGCUGCUGGUGCACCCUUUUUCGCCCUCUUAUCUGCCAUUAUAACUGUGCUUGUACUCCCUCUGGCUGUCACAUUGCUGGUGAUGCUCAGUAAACGCCUAAUCUUGGAAGUCGGUGCAAGGCAGAAAGUACUGAUCCUCAACUUUGCGAGCCUGCACGCCAUGGGAGCGCAAAUUAUCUUCAUUUUCCUGGCAUUUUUCGCCACUUCGGCUCUCUGCGGUCUUUUUAACAAACAGACAAAAAAGGAACUAGACUCGGGCGCGGAUCGCUUCCAACGCGUGGACUUGGAAGAGGAGAGCCAGAAGUUGCUCAGUUGUCAGGCUGGCAGUGGGGGCGUAAGAAUCAAGAGCUCCAUAGCCUUAAAAACACCAACAAGUCUAGGGCCCUACCCUGACAUCUGUGUUAUGAGUGGUAGGGGUAUUCAGCCCGUGAAAGAUUUCGCAUACGCGUCAGAACACCCUGCAGCACCUGCCACCGCCGAUCGAUGGAAUGGACACAGACGUUAA